UAUGCAGAUUUUUGAAUAUUCGUAUGAAAAUCUGUUCCCAAUUGGAUGAAAACCUAGCUAGGUACCUCAGUCAUCAGUGACUUUUUGGAAUGUCGGAUGUUUUUAUGGAAACGAUUGACAUGCGGGCGGGGCUUACUUGUUCCUUUCCCAUGAACUGGUGACUUCGUACAAAUUGUUUGUUGUCGAUCAAGAUGGAGUUCCUUUUGGGAAAUCCAUACAGCACUCCUGUGGGACAUUGCAUUGAGAGAGCCACUGAUGGCUCCCUUCAGAGUGAGGACUGGACCCUCAAUAUGGAAAUAUGUGACAUCAUAAAUGAAACUGAGGAUGGGCCCAAGGAUGCCAUCAGGGCCAUGAAGAAGAGGCUGAACGGGAACAAGAACUACAGGGAGGUGAUGCUGGCACUGACCGUCCUGGAGACAUGUGUGAAGAACUGUGGGCAUCGUUUUCAUGCCCUCAUCACCAGCAGGGACUUCAUAGACGGCGUGCUUGUGAAAAUCAUCUCUCCCAAAAACAACCCUCCCACUAUCGUACAAGACAAAGUGCUCUCACUGAUCCAGGCGUGGGCUGAUGCGUUCAGGAGUAGUCCAGACCUGACGGGUGUGGUCCAGAUCUAUGAGGAGCUGAAGAGAAAGGGUAUAGAUUUCCCAAUGUCAGACCUGGAUGUCCUGUCUCCCAUCCACACACCUCAGCGGCUUUUGACUGGCCCAGAGGAGAACCAAGCCACCGCCCCUCCCCUGGCCCAGCCUAUCCCCCAACCCCAACAGCAGCCUCCUCCCCAUGCUGUCUCCGCCCCAUCAUUUGCAUUGUCUGUUCCUCCCACCUACUCCGCCCCGCAGGUCCCCAACCUUGGCGCCUCUGGGUCUAUCAACCCUUCACCUGAACAGAUCUGCCGGCUGCGAAGGGAGCUGGACAUUGUGCGUGGCAACACAAAGGUGAUGUCAGAGAUGCUGACAGAGAUGGUUCCUGGACAGGAGGACCCCUCGGACCACAAGCUCCUGCAGGAGCUGAACCGGACGUGCCGGGCCAUGCAGCAGAGGAUAGUGGAGCUCAUCUCCUGUGUGUCUGACGAGGAGGUCACAGAGGAACUACUGCACGUCAACGACGACCUCAACAACAUCUUCUUACGCUACGACAGGUAUGAGAGGUACCGGUCAGGCAGAGCAUCUCAGGGUAUCAAUAAUGGGGUCCUCAGUGAGGCUACAGAGGACAACCUUAUAGACCUGGGCCCUGGAUCUCCUGCUGUCGUCAGCAACAUGGUCACUUCCACCGCCACGCCUCCGUCCUUCACCGCCCCCGCCGAACGUCCUUCCUCACCUGCCUCCCUCGCUUCUCGGCUGGCCGUCCUCGACGUGGGUGCCAGUGUGACCAGCACUCUGAGCUCUCUUCCCAGCUGUAAGCCUCAGGACGACUUUGACAUGUUUGCCCAGACCAGGACUGGAGCUCUGGCACUGACCACCGAGACACUCGUCACAGCUCCUAUAGAGGACCUUAAUGCUGUAGGUGGGAUUGAGCUGCCUCCUACUCUGGAAGUCAGGCAGCAGCCUGCAGGAGGAAUUCCCAUUGGCCAAUCCUCUGUCAUGGAUGACAUAGAGGAGUGGCUGUGUACUGACGUGCAAGGAGAGGAGGGCGAAGAGGGGGUGACCAGUGAAGAGUUUGACAAGUUUCUGGAGGAGCGGGCAAAGGCAGCAGAGACGGUGCCCAGCCUCCCCUCACCCCCUAGUGGUGAUCCCCGUGCAACUACCGGUGCAUCCCAGAAGAAGGCUGAAAGACCAGAGGACGCCCUGUUCACUUAGUUUAGUGGUUUUCAAACCUCUCCUCGGGGACCCCCAGACAUUUCACAAUGUUGUAGCCCUGAACUAGCCCACUGAUUCACCUAGUCAAGGGCUUGAUGAUUAGUUAAGAUGUUGAAUCAGGUGUGCUAGCCAUGGAAUAGUCUAAACGCAUGGAACGCCUGGGGUUCCCUGAGGAGAGGUUUGAAACCCCUCGCUUAGUAGACCUCUCUUAACCUUUUGACUUCUGACCUGAUCAGUGCCUGGAGUCCCCAGACUGUUGUCUGUGACACAUCCACUUUCUCAUCCUCCCACUCUGGAGCUGUCUACCAUCAGCUAAACGUCUGCUACCCAGUAACGCAUAUUCAUGUUCUCGGGCAAUUUACUACACUGAAGGGAACACCCCCCCCCCCCCCGCAUUGUACAUUUUUUUUUGUUAUGUUUUUUUGUGUUUUUUUUGUUGUUGAAAGAAACCAGCUUCAUUAGGGACAAGGUUGCAAUGUAUUCCCAAAAUCAACAGUCCCUAUCUAACAGUUGGUUUGGAACUUUCUCCAGCUUAAGAAGGACUGUGGAGUAUCAACAGCCAUCUUUAUAAACCAGCAGCUCACUCUGUCCUGGGGCUGGUCUUCCUCUGAAGGGUAAUAUGAGACGUACCCUGCCUACAGCACUACACAUAUUUUGCUCUGUUCUGACAGCAAGAAGCCAUCCCUAGUCAGUCGUCCCCUACUCUACUGCAUGUAUUAACAGAUCCAUCCACCCUUCAUUCCCUCCUCGGACUUAAAGGGACGUCCAAAGGGAGCUAAAUGAAGUCCAGGGACAGUUAAUGUUAACCUUUUUUAUAGGUCAGACGAGGGCAGGUAGUAUUGAAAUAUAUCAUGAUAUGUAUGAUUGGGGAAUAUUCUGGAUCAUUGUAUUGUUUUUACGAUGUGUUUAAUUCCAAGUAUAUUAUAUUGUCCAUUUAUAGCCUCUGACUGGAUGUCUUACUUUGUUUUUGAGUGUGUAGAAUUCUAGAAUAUUAGUUUGGAGAGAUUUAUUUUGGGGUUAUUCAUUGUCAUUUGACGUUUUUUAGAGUAAGACAACAAUCAUUAAAUCAUUAAAUGCACUGCUAUGGUUGUUUAUUGAGGUGUAAAACAUUUUAUUUUAACGAACAAAUAAGUAGUAUCUACCUGACAAUGAUUUUCUGUUCAUCCAUAUAUUGGGACAGGUACAAUGCUGUUGGGAAGCCAAAGACCAGAUAUUGUUGUGGAGCCCAAGCAUGAUUGCAUCACAUUCAUAGUGAAUAGAGUAGCUGAUAAUGCUGUAAGAGUCAGUCAGAAGUGAAGUGAUAAUGUAUUAGAACAAUAACUUUAAAACCUAAAGUCUGUAAUGUGGUUUUCACUACAGAUAUGGAGGCAGACUGAAUAUUCUAUGUCUGGUGUUGAAUAAUAACUGAAUUAAUGGACUGAAGUUUUGUCUAGUUGAUGUAAAAAAAAAAAACCUAUUUAAGAGAUGUUUAUGAACACUAUGAAGGGGACAUUUGCUCUCCGAUUGGGGAGUCCAAUGUUAUAUUUUCACCUGAACUCUACCAUGUUCUUGUCUCUCGCUGGCUGUGCUGGCACAUCACUCAGAUGCUAGCCAGUUAGCUCAAUGGUCUCAACAGCUGAUCAGAAACAGUGACUGUGCUGAAAAGAGGGAUGGCCUGAGUAGGAGCUAGGCUCUCACCAUUUAGCGAAGGUGACAUUGAUGUUUUCAGAAACAACACUGCUUUACUGGUAUGUGCAAGAACAUGGAGUACUGAAAUCAUCUUUAUUCUCUUUCUUGAUAGUACAUGUGCAGUUUCAUACAAUCACAAACACUUGACAGUCCUUGUUCUGCCGUUUUAUUAUUAAAGAUCUAGUUGAGUGAGUUGGUACGUUUUAACAUAUCUGUAAUCAACUGAGAAUUUUGAAAUAUUGACAAGUGUAGGAAUAAUUUAUUUCGUAUUUUCUUCUGCUCUAUCAGUAUUUGAAAUAGUUUUAUUUUUACAAAGCAGAAUGAAGUCAUGAACUGCUUUAUGAGACCGAUCAAGGUUUUUCAUGUGUUAAACAUGUUUUGAUGUUUAUGGACUUCCAACAGUUUUUCCUACACUGAUUUAUGCUGAUUCAAUGUUAGCAAUUGUAUAAAUGUAUUCGGAUUAAUUUGCAACAAAUUUAACGGUCACUAUUUAUGGCAAGUGUCCACUCAUUGGUUUGUAACUAAGAAAAUAACCCUAUUGAAUUUGUUUGUUUUUCCAUGGUUUGUUGAACAAGCAGUACAGUCAUGUUACCCUCUGUCUUAUAUAUAUAUAUAUAUAUACACACACACACACACCAUGGGACAGCCUAGCACAUGAUGAACCAACAUCAUAGGCAUCAGAAAUGACCUCGCUUCUGAAAGACACUUUAAAAGAAGUGUUGACAUUGCACAUUCUGAAAAGGUUUUCCGUCUCUUCUAUGAAUGGAAAUAUGGUGUGUGCAUGUAGAAGAGUUGCCCUGCUAUAAGCCUGUACAUCUGAUGUGUUGGAGGGGGAAGAAGUAUUGCUAUGUGUGCCAUCCAGUAUACAUAGUUUAAUAUAGCUUGAUAUUGAUCUAGCUUGCUCAGUGGAACUUUGAUUCUAUACUUUAUAUUGUAUAAUCAAGGCAGGUAUGACUUAGCUUGCCAUGUGGUCACUUUGAAGCCUGCUCUUAGAACAAAUAAUGUGUAUAUGGUAAAAAAUAAAGGGUAUUUUAUAAGGGAGUUUGUAUGUUUGCCUACUGCUUCUGCUGUUACUGUGUUAGUGAGCUUCAAAAGUAUUGGGACAGUGACACUUUUUGUUGUUUUGGCUCUGUACUCUACACUUUAAUUUGAAGGUGUUUUCAUCCAUAUUGGGUAAACUGUUUAGAAAUUAGAAGCACUUUUUGUACAUAGUCAUCCCAUUUUAGGGGACCAAAAGUAUUGGGACAAAUUCACUUAUGUGUAUUUUUUUUAACCUUUAUUUAACUAGGCAAGUCGGUUAAGAACAAAUUCUUAUUUUCAAUAAUGGUCUAGGAACAGUGGGGUAACUGCCUUCAGGGGCAGAAUGACAGCUUUUCACGUUGUCAGCUCGGGGACUCAAUCUUGCAACCUUUCGGUUACUAGUCCAACGCUCUAACCACUAAGCUACUGUACCUGCCUGCCCCAAUUGAAGUAUACUGAGCAAAAAUAUAAAUGCAACAUGCAACAAUUUCAACGAUUUUACUGAGUUUUAGUUCAUGUAAGGAAAUCUGACAAUUGAAAUACAUUCAUUAGGCUCUAAUCUAUGGGUUUCACAUGACUGGGCAGGGGUGCAGCCAUGGGUGGGCAGGGGUGCAGCCAUGGGUGGGCAGGGGUGCAGCCACUGUGGAGCCAGGACCAGCCAAUCAGAAUUUAGAUUUUUUUACCCCACAAAAGGACUUUAUUACAGAAAACCUCCUUCGUUUCAUCAGCUGCCCAGGUGUCUGGUCUCAGAUGAUCUCACAAGUGAAGAAGCCAGAUGUGGAUAUCAUACCUCCCAAAAAAUGCGAACCUCCCCUGUUAUUAUAAUGGUGAGAGGUUAGCAAGUCUUGGGGGUAUGAUAUUUGUGCCUCUAACUUUCUCACUCAUAUUUAUUCACAGUUCAUUUAGGAAUAUCCAUAAUCAUGGUAGCAUCCACAUUAAUGUAGAUGUGUUUAGAAACAUAUUAGAUUCUUAUUUACAAUAAAAGUGACUCCAAAAUGACACAACAUUAAUGACCAUUAAUUUAUAUUGGGCACAAAAUAAUCUGAAACACAACCAAAACAAACAACAAAUGCAUCCCAAAAAAUGUGUGGAGUCAAAAGCUUGAUGUAUUCAUUGCAGGCUAUGGAUAUUGGACUAAAUACAUAACUUUUUAGUACUUUAAUACACAAGUGAAUUUGUCCCAAUACUUUUGGUCACCUAAAAUGGGAGAACUAUGUACAAAAAGUGUUUAGUUGUUAAACAGUUCACGCGAUAUGGAUGGAAAUAUCCUUCAAUUAAAAAGCUGUCAGUCUGCACUUUAACCUCGUAGUCAUUGUGCUGGAGUACAGAGCCAAAACAACAAAUGUGUCACUGUCCCAAUACUUUUGGAGCUCACUUGUUUGACUCUAUUGUUUGACUCAUGCAUGUGUUGAACACCAAUAAAAUGCUAUAGCAGUGUAAUCUGCUCCAACUUUA